AAAAUCUAGAAUGUAGUUUGGCGUUUAGAGAGUGCAAACGGUACAACUAUAGAAAAUAGCCCUCCAAAUAUUAUCCAUUUCUAAGCAGUACUUUGCAAACCCAUUUUCUCUCAUUAGCUCCAAAGUCUGUUACAAUUUACAACAAUGGCGUCUUGCUCAGCUCUUAACUUGCAGUCACAAAUGGGUAGCUUCUGCAAAACUCGGUUUCAUGUUCAAAGAUUGCCUAUCUCUACUGGCAUUACCAACCUGCCACAAUCUUACCGUCUACCUGCAUCAGCAAGCUACUCAGAAAGUAGGUUGUCAUCAACUAAUCUUUCUGCAUCAGCCUUUGGGUGUAAAGUUUCAAAGACAUCUUCAAUCCCACGACGUAGUAUUCGCUGUAUGAGCUCUGCAACUGAUGUUCAAGACGUGCAAGCAAAAGUGACAACAAAAGUCUUCUUUGAUGUAGACAUUGGUGGAGAGCCCGCAGGAAGAAUUGUUAUGGGCUUAUUUGGAGAUGUGGUUCCAAAAACUGCAGAGAACUUCCGUGCCCUAUGCACAGGUGAGAAAGGUUAUGGUUACAAGGGGAGCCACUUUCACCGCAUAAUUAAAGAUUUCAUGAUUCAAGGAGGGGAUUUCACUGAAGGAGAUGGAACCGGAGGAAUAAGCAUCUACGGUGCCAAAUUUGAAGAUGAAAACUUUACAUUGACACAUGUUGGACCUGGUGUGUUGAGCAUGGCAAAUGCUGGUCCUGGUACCAAUGGAAGCCAAUUCUUCAUUUGCACUGUAAAAACCCCAUGGCUGGACAACCGCCAUGUUGUAUUUGGACAUGUUAUUGAUGGGAUGGAUGUUGUUCGAAAGCUUGAAUCCACGGAAACAAGCAGAUCAGAUUGUCCUCGCAAGCCAUGCAGAAUUAUCAACUGUGGAGAGCUUCCACUGGAGGCUUAAUGGUUUUAUUAAACCACCACUGAGUAAUUGCGUCUACUGAUUGAGUCUUUUACUUCCGAGGCUUCAAUGUUUAUUGUUUAGGCGAUAGUACUUCUUGGUAUGGAGAUAUUGUGUUGUACUCUCUAUGAAGGCUAUCAGUUGUAGAAAACUAGAAAUGCUUGUGUUUUUUAAACAGACUGAAGGUCACUUAAUAAAGAUUAUAUAUGAUGUGAUUCAUGCUUAUUUCAA